AUGGCGAACUGGAUAAUUCCUUCUCUGGAGCUGGGUGUUCCCGCCAUGACGACCGUACAGAUCGAGGCUGCGGCGCUGUCCGUAACUUUCCUUAGUAAGUGGCGGGUGCGGCAUCCGGAUCGAACCCUGUCACCGCCACCGACAGCCGCGGCCGGGCUGGCUAACCUCUUCGAUUGUGAGCAUCGAUCGUACGCCUCUCGUUCUAUAAGCUUCAAGCUUCAGACUGCACCCGUCAAGAGAUCGGGGGAUCACACACUGCACAAGGUUGCGUUCGACGUUAAUCCGCCCUCUCGGCCACGUUGA